CGUGCGCCGACCGUUCGCUGAAAAAGAUACAGAAUUCGAAAACGCAACGCAGAAAACACGCUGGAUAAAGUGUUUCGUCUCGAGCUUCGACAGAGUGAGCAAACAAAGUGAAGUGAGCCACAAGCCAAACAACUCGCAGAGCAGGCUAUCCAAAACCGAAAUCAAACGCAGACCUCUAGUAGCCCUCGCCAGUAAUCCGGUACGACCGUGUAACAACCGCCAAGAUUCUACUCAAGGAGCGUAAAGCGAUCAUCUCGAGAAUGAAGUCCCUGACGGCCGUCUGCCAGACAGGUGCCUCCGGAAUGCCGGCCCUGAACGCCAGCGGGCGCAUCUCGCGCCACCCCACGCACCGCGGCGACGGCGAGAACGCCGAGAUGAAGAUGUAUCUGUCCAAGCUGAAGGACCUCGUGCCCUUCAUGCCCAAGAACCGCAAGCUGACCAAGCUGGAGAUCAUCCAGCACGUCAUCGACUACAUCUGUGACCUGCAGACGGAGCUGGAGACGCACCCCGAGAUGGGCAACUUCGAUGCGGCGGCCGCCCUCACGGCGGUCAACGGCCUCCACGAGGACGAGGACAGCGACAUGGAGGACGCGGACGUGGAGGCGGCCGCGGCGGCGGAAGCGGAAGUGGACCCCGACGUCCUCGCCCAGCGCCUGGCCGCCGAACAGCCGGCGAAAGUCUCUAGUCCCGCCGCCCGCCUCCCGCUCGCCGACCGCCAAACGCCCAACGCGCUCGUGGCGCCCGCCCAUCCGCAGCAGCAACUGCCACUGCAGCAGCAGCAACCGCAGUCACAGCAGCAGCUGUCCAACAGUUUAGCAACGCCACUGAACGCGGAGAAGGACAGCCGGCAGUCGUAAGCGCGGAGGAGGCCCAGCCGGGAAGCCCACAAACUACAAACUUAUUAACUAAAUGCAUAAUUAAAGUACAGUCAAAACUCCACUCGCAACCUUCGUGUGAAGAUCUCCGCAUAUUAGAUAACGUGUGAAACUCUCAAGAAACCGCAGCCCAGGCGCAUCUCUUCAGGUCCCCCUCCCGGGGCGGGAAAGAAAGGCCGGGAAAUGGGGAUCUCGCCCCGGCCCAGAGUUAGAUUAAACACUUAUAAACACAACAACACAACCUAGCAUUAGAGCAUCGUAAGCAAGUAAACAUUAUGAUUAUCAGUUACCAUUAACACUAGGACGGCGCUUAGGAACGAACGAAGAAGAGAACUUGGCAAAGCUUUAAACAAUUUAAUUUUCCUUCAACGCUUGAAAUUACCUAAAGCACAUAUAUUUUUGUUUUCCUAAUUUUAGUUUUGUUUUGGUUUAAACGCAAGAAAAAAUGUUACUAAUGCAAAGCAAACAGAGAUCAGCAAUAAAACGGCAGUACGGCAUUACGUUCGAUCGUCGAAUUCUGCGUUAUGAUUAUAUGACUAUAUGAUUUCUAUCCAAAUGAUUUUCCUAUUAAUUUUAAUCAGUGAAGAUUUUCCUAUUAUUGAUUAGCCUCAGCCAGUAACAACAAGAACAACCGACUCAGCAGCACACACAUUCAAAUUCAUUAAUUUAUAUCGCGAGACGUAGUGUUUAAGUUCGAGAAGGCAGUUUCCAGGCACUAAUUUUCACUCACACCCGAGACACGAAGCAGACAAACACACACCUCAUUUUGUAGUUUUCCGAGUCCCCUGGAUCGUUUUCCUCCUCUGUAAUCGAAUUAACGUAUAAUGCAUAAUAAUACACUAAACCUAUAAAUAUACAUUAAUAUAUGUUCUGUGAUCUGUAGCAUACUUUGUACAAAGUGUUUUUUUAGCAUAGUAAUGCGAUUUUAAUUAUGAUUUGAUCCGCAAUCGAAAUUACAACUUUUGUUCCCAUUUCGGUGGUAUAACUCUGUCAUGAUGUGAAAGAAAACAUUUGAUGAUGCGAAAAAAUAUAUAUCUAAAAAGAGAAAACCAACCUUAGCUCUUAAUAAAUUGCAAAAAUUAAAAAUAUUAAAAAUCAA